AUGCUGAACCUCAAUAUUGCGCUCAUCGUCAUCACGUCGGUUAUUAUGACCUUGCGGUUGUAUGUGAGGGGUGUCAUGAUACAGGCUCUUGGGUGGGAUGAUCUGUUGGCAUUUAUCGCCUGGGUCCUCGCAGUCACCCACUCUUCUCUAGAAAUCGUCGCCGUUGGACAUGGAGCUGGAUCUCACAUAAGUUCGCUCACUCCAGAGCAGCUGAAUGCCAUCUUCUCGUUCUUCAAGAAGUGUAUAGCUAACCUGAUCUCAUGUAACCCUAUCAUAGAUCUUUUCAACACCGGAAAACCGGAUAGGAAAUGCGUUAGCAGAGAAAAGGAGGCUCAUGUUAUGUGGUCACACUCUAUCGUCGGCUCAUGCCUCGACGUUGUGCUCCUUGCGCUUCCCCUCUGGGUGGUCUUUACCAAUAUGAUGACUCGUCCCAAAAUCAUCAAGCUGACCCUAAUCUUUUCCGUUGGCUUCUUCGCCGCCAUCACUGCAUUUAUCAAGACUGGCAUGAUUCUUACGGCAAACUUUGCCUCGGAUCCAACCUACAACAUGAUCAGGCCUCUGCUUCGCCUCAUGUCUACCAAGCUCAAGCUCCGAAGCCGCUUCGAGAGUCUCAAGUUCUCCCGUGGCAGCGGCUCCAACACUCUUGAUGGCGACUGGCGCAACGACGCUAGCUUCGGUAAUCCUCACUUUGGGAAUUACAGCCAAGGAACGAGAGGAGUGGUAUCUGAUGCCGACUCGACGACGGGCAUGGUGGAGCUUAGAGAGCCCAACAAGGGCAUUAGGUUGACGACAGAUGUGUUGGUGAAAGUUGAAGAUAGGGGUUAUACGAGGGAUCGAGUCGAGAUGAGAACAAGGGCAUGGGAUGCGGUUUGA